AUGGACGCCGGAGCGGGGGUGAAGAAGGUGGUAGCGAAAGACUUGCCAAAGGUCGUCGAGGGGGACAAGGCCGUCGAGGAAAAAUUGAGCAAGGCUAAACGCAGAGGGGGCAAAGAAAAGGGAGUGCUCUACCUCGGAAGGAUCCCUCACGGAUUCUACGAAGAGGAGAUGAAGGCGUACUUUUCCCAAUUUGGGGAUAUCUCCAGGUUACGGUUGGCUAGGAACAAGAAGACCGGAGCUUCGAAACAUUUCGCCUACAUCGAGAUGCCCAACAAGUCGGUCGCCGAGAUCACGGCCGAGACGAUGCACAACUACCUGCUUAUGGGUCAUAUCCUGCAAUGUCACGUCGUCCCCGCCGACAAGCUUCACCCGGACAUCUGGAUCGGUGCAAACAGGAAAUGGCGUCGAGUCCCCUCGGCUCGAUUGGAGAGGUCCCAGUUCGGCAAGGACCGAACGGACGAGCAGAAGAACAAGACCCGGAGCAAGCUCAUUAACAGGGAAAAGGAGAGGAAGGACAAGUUGAAGGCUGCUGGGAUCGAUUACGAAUACGAGGGAUUCGUGAGUCUGCAACCUUUUUCCCGCCGUCGUUCUCGUGUCUAUUGUGCAAAAAGGCUGACUCUCCAUAUUUCGCUUGACAAUCUACGAACAGACCGCCUAGAGCUCGAUUACCGUGCGAUGUCUUUCGCCCUUCCUCCUACCCUCUUGCCUCUUUUUUUGUCUCCGCGUUUCGUUCUCAUCUUGUAA